CAAUUCCACCCAACCAAAGGUGUUGGUAGUAUGAAAUAAAAAUCAAUGAGCACUCCUGCGCUUAAUUAAAACUGAUGAGGAUCCGCCACGGUAAUAAGCAAUGGCCUAGAGAAAUAUAUGCAGAUUAUUUUGCUGAACAUCAUGUAUUUCUCUAUAUAUAUAGACAAAAAUCCCCGAGUGCCCAACCAAAGCAGAAUAACGUCAGUCGAUAAGCAGAAAGCGGUUAGCAGGCAAGGAGAAGCAGCUAUGGAAGCUCUUUGUCCCUCACUAACCGCCGUUUAUUUUGCGAGUAAAUUCCCACUUAGCUCUCCUAGAUCAUUUCCCCAAAUUGUCUCUCUAGACGCGAACAGGUUUCCGGUCUGGGUCCGGAAGAACGAAAGCAAGAACCACUCGAACCUUUACUUAACGUCUUUAGUUUCUUGCAUUGGUUUAUCCACAACUGGAAUUGCAACUGCUGCUUCAGCUUCCUUCGUUUCUUCUUCUUCUUCCUCAACAACUGACAACAACUAUUGGAUGGUGCUAAUGGCUAAGCCUCCAGAAGGGGUCAGUUCCAAACCACAAAUCAUUGAUUACUAUGUUAGCACUCUGGAAAGAGUUUUGGGCACUGAAAAAGACGCUCAGAUGUGUAUAUAUGAUGCUUCUUGUGAUACCCGCUUUGGUUUUUGCUGCCAUAUUGAUGAACAAGCUUCCCGUGAACUUGCUCGUUUACCUGAGGUUUUAUCGGUUAAGCCAGACCCUGGGUACAAUUCUGAGAAAAAAGAUUACACCGCUUCAAACAUUGAGGUCACUAACAUAUUCAAUUCAGGAGUAGCAAGUUGGCAGUUGUUUCCUGCUGGGAACACCAAACACUGGCUUGUUCGAAUGGACAAGCCAGGCGUCGAGGUUGUUACAAAGGCUCAAAUGGUUGAUUAUUACACUCAAAUAUUGACUAAGGUUUUGGGAAACGAGAAAGAUGCCCAAAUGUGCAUAUAUCAUGUAUCUUGGCAAUCCCAUUUUGGUUUCUGUUGUGAACUUGAUGAAGAAUGUGCGCAGGAACUAGCUGGUGUCCCUGGAGUUCUAUCUGUUGAGAUAGAUAGGAAUUUCGAGUCAGAGAACAAGGACUUUGGAGGUAAUAAUUUACAGAGUUCUACAAAACUGCCAGAAACUUCAGAAGCUAGUGAAACGAUCACCGCAAGAACGAAGAAACUUUUCAUAACAGGUCUGUCGUUUUACACAUCUGAGAAAACAUUGCGUGCACAUUUUGAAGGUUUUGGUGAGCUUGUUGAAGUUAAAAUUAUAAUGGACAAGAUUUCUAAAAGAUCUAAAGGAUAUGCAUUUGUGGAAUACACCACAGAGGAGGCUGCAAGUGCUGCACUUCAGGAGAUGAAUGGCAAGAUAAUAAAUGGGUGGAUGAUAGUUGUUGAUGUUGCCAAGAGUAAACCACAGAACUUCAGCAGAGGUCGUCUCAGAACAACACUCUGACCAGGAAGAGAAGAAAGGAGGCGUUGGGAUGAAGUUGAGGUAGAAGAUGCUGAAGGGAAUCAAUGCCCUCCUGGCUACUACCAGAACAAUUUGGCAGAUGGACUAUCGAAAUUUUGUACGUUUGAAGUUACCAAAAUGAUCAUUAGCUCUUUAACUUAGUAAAUAAAUAUGUUUCACUUCAUAUGUAAA